AGAGGGAGGAGGCAGAGGCGGUGCAGUGUGUGCGCGCGCGCGCGCGUGUGUGUGUCCGUCCGCGGGGGGCGGAGGACGCUCCGCGGCGGUGCGCGAGUAGGAGCGGAGCUCGGGCGGCGGGAGGGGGCCGCGGAGGGGGGGCCGGCGGCGGCCGAGCGGCGGCGAGCGAGGAGGGGGGGGGAGAGGAGCGGAGGCGAGAUGAGCGCUGGGCUCCCCCUGGGCACAGAGCCGCCCUCGACAGCCGCCGCUUGUGAAUGAACUGAGGCGAGGCCGCCCGCCGGGUGCCCCCCUCCCCUCCUCCUUCUUCCCCUCCUUCCCCUUCUCCCCCGGCCUGCCCGCCCGCCGCCGGCCCCACCGCGGCCGUCCCCACCGCGGCCGUCCCCGCCUGCCCCCGGCCUCCCUGCCCCCACGCACCUUCGGGAGCGCGGCCCUGCCCGCCACAGCCGGCGCCGUCCACCGCGGCCGGGGGAACUGAAGGAAGGCCAUCAUGGGAGCAUUUUUAGACAAGCCAAAGAUGGAGAAGCAUAAUGCCCAGGGGCAAGGGAAUGGGCUUCGUUAUGGUCUGAGUAGUAUGCAAGGCUGGCGAGUUGAAAUGGAGGAUGCACAUACGGCUGUGAUUGGUUUGCCAAAUGGACUUGAUGGAUGGUCAUUUUUUGCUGUAUAUGAUGGACAUGCUGGAUCACAGGUUGCCAAGUACUGCUGUGAGCAUUUAUUAGAUCACAUCACGAGCAACCAGGAUUUUAAAGGGCCAGAUGGGCCUCCAUCUGUGGAAAGUGUAAAGAGCGGCAUCAGAACAGGUUUUCUGCAAAUUGAUGAACACAUGAGAGUCAUCUCUGAGAAGAAACAUGGUGCAGACAGAAGUGGGUCAACAGCUGUGGGUGUCAUGAUUUCUCCCCAACAUACAUACUUCAUCAACUGUGGAGACUCGAGAGGUUUACUUUGUAGAAACAGGAAGGUUCACUUCUUCACACAGGAUCACAAACCAAGUAAUCCACUGGAGAAAGAGCGUAUACAGAAUGCAGGUGGCUCUGUAAUGAUUCAGCGUGUGAAUGGCUCUCUUGCAGUUUCAAGGGCACUUGGGGACUUUGAUUACAAAUGUGUCCAUGGUAAAGGUCCUACAGAACAGCUAGUCUCACCUGAGCCUGAAGUUUAUGAAAUUGAGAGAUCAGAAGAAGAUGAUCAGUUCAUCAUACUGGCUUGUGACGGUAUCUGGGAUGUUAUGGGAAAUGAAGAGCUGUGUGACUUUGUAAGAUCCAGACUUGAAGUCACUGAUGACCUUGAGAAAGUUUGCAAUGAGAUAGUUGACACCUGCUUGUACAAGGGCAGUCGAGACAACAUGAGUGUGAUAUUGAUCUGUUUUCCGAAUGCACCAAAGGUAUCGCCAGAGGCGGUGAAAAGAGAGGCAGAGUUGGACAAGUACCUGGAAAGCAGAGUAGAAGAGAUCAUAAAGAAGCAGGGUGAAGGAGUCCCAGACUUAGUCCACGUGAUGCGUACGUUAGCAACUGAGAGCAUCCCAAACCUCCCGCCAGGGGGUGAAUUGGCGAGCAAACGGAGUGUGAUUGAAGCCGUUUAUAAUAGACUGAACCCCUACAGGAAUGAUGAUACUGAUUCUGCCUCAACUGAUGAUAUGUGGUAAAACUGCUCAUCUAGCUGUGGAGUUCACGUUUCAUCCUUCAAAUGAAAGUGCAGCCCAACCUCAGUGACCCUUCUUAACAUCCAUCCUCAACCUUAAUUAAAGAAGGGAAUAUGAUGUGUUGGUGAGAGCGACUACAGCAGUACGACGUCUAGCCCAGGAACUGAUCUUUUUCUGUAAAACAGACUUCUGUAAACGUGAUUUCAAACCAUAAUUCAUGUUGUAAAUCAGACUCCAGCAAUUUAUGUUGUAUGAUUUUGUUUUUGUAAAGUGCAAUUGUCUUGUACAAAAUGCUCAUAUUUAAUUAUGAACUGCUUUAAAUCACUAUAAAGGUUAGAAGAAAUGUUUGGCUUGUGUGAUGCAACAGUAUAUAUCCCUUUAAUUCAUGUUGUGGUUUUGGAUUGCAAGGAGCAGCAGCCUAGCCAGCUAGGUGCUCAAGAGGUGCACAAAACUGUAAAGACAACUUUUUAUUUUAUAUGAAAGCUGACUUAUGGGCAAUUUACCAGAAACUACAGUGCGUGAAUUUGCUUGGCAAUGGAAAAGUAACUAAGAGUAGUGCACAUUCUUCAGCAAACGUGAAUCGUUUUCUUGGACGCACUCCUGCUCUCACAUUGAGUUAAAGGGAGUUCUUAUUUUGACUUCAGUGGGAGUUAAAUCAUGCUCUAUUAAUAGUAUCGUGUUCAUACGUGUACGAACCUUGGGAUUAGAAUGCCUUGAUUCUUUGCACCUCUUUUUUCAUUAACCCUUACCUGAAACUACUAAUCAUUGAGCACGAACAGACAGCUUUCUACACACUGUAGGAGUCUGCAGCAUUUUUACAAUCCUGAUUGUCUGGGUCUGCUGCUGUUCCAAGUAAAAUACUUUGAAUUCCAUUUUAUCAAUAAAGCUUGAUUUAACAAACAAGAAAUUUAUCCAUAAAUGUGUAAUUCCUUUUUUCCUGCCUUUUAAAAUGUCAGUGCCAUUGUAAAUGAUAUUUUACUUGUGGAAGAAUAUUUUUAUUAAUUGGUAGCCCAUUUUUAAAAUGGGAAGGAUUUUGAUUAUUGCCCAAGACAUAGCCAUAUGCUAGAGGAUGAUGUGGGAUUAAUCCAUUUCCCUAUUUUUUAAAAGUGUGGGGUUUUUCAGGCUUUUUGGUGGUUUAUUUGAGUUUUUCCUCCCCACCGAAGAUGUGCAUUGGUUUGAAUUUGCCUACUGUUUGAUAAAAAUACAUUUGUCAAAGCCUGACAAUCUUUAACAUUUUAUGGUGUGUGUUUUUAAUUGACCCACUUAGAAUGAGAGACUAGUGGUUAAAACAGUACUUGUGAUUUGAGAUAUAGCAUGUUGACAAUAUUUAACUGUUCGUUGUUUAAAAUUCUAAUUUAAAAUUUUAUAAGAUAAUAAACUAAUUUGAUUUAAGCUUAGCUUUUUCCCCUUGAGCAUACAAAAAUUAAGUUUUCGAGUCAGUCGUGUUUGCAAAACUGCUGUUUUGUGCACCUUGUAUUGUCUUUUUGGUUGAGAAUAUUGUAUUUAAUAUGUAGUUUACUCAUUUAGUAGGCAGAUUCCCCAAAAGGAAAAUCAGUAAAACAAGUAGAUUGUAACAUUUACUGCAGUUAAACAGAAUCAGAACUUGGUGUAUAAUUACUUUUUGAUAGGAAAAUGUAGUACAAUGCAUUUUGCUAUAUUUGUCUUUCCCUAACUUUGAAAUAUACAUAUUUGUAUAUAUAGCCUUAAAACUAAUGCAGAGUUAGGGAACACUGAACAGUGAAAAAGUAACUUAUAGUGUCUUGGAACUAAGUAUAGUAUAUACCAGCAAACUUUUCCUUUAUCCCUCUUGUCUAUGUGGGGUGCUUAAACGUAACUUCAUUGUAUUCAGUUUGUAAUCUGUUCAAGCAUGAAUGAAGAAAACAUAAGCACUAUUUGUAUUUAUAAAUUUAUAGCAAUUUUUGCUUAAAGAACCAGUUCCUUACCUACCUAUGAAUAAAUGCUUAAAAUGUCUAAUUUUGUUGUAGAGUGCAAAACUAUAAUAAUGUUAACUUAUAGCUUCACAGGCACCUAAUUAACAAGCAUAUUUAAUAAUACAUGGCGUAUUAGUGCAAAAAGCUAAACUUAAUUUAGGACUAGACAGAUAAAGUUCUGUCCUUUUUACAUAGAGACUAAAGUUUAGUUUUGGAAACUGCAAAACCUUGAACUGGACUGUGGAACCUUUGAGUUUUAAACUAAAAAUCUGAAGCAAAACUGUGGUCUGAAAAGCCAUACUUCAAACAAUAAUCACUUAAACUGUCUCAGUGACAAAUGAUGUAUUUGAAACCUCUUCUUAGAGGUCUCCUAAAGGUUAGAAAGAAAAUAAUUCUGCUAUUGCUACAGGCGAUGUAACUAGGUUUGAGGGUAGCAGAAGAAAGCCCGUUUCAGGCCUUUCUCUCUCCCGCCUAUGUUCAGCGUUUUGAUGAGGUCAGAGCACUGAAUCUACUAUGUAUGCAUAAACACUGCCAUUUUAGAUACAGAUUUUGAUUAAUGAUACACGGAUUAAGUAUAGAAAGCAUCCUAGAAAAGAGGCAAGCUGUACUUUUCACUGCUCUGAAAAGGAAAAGGCACUUUUGCACCUUUGUGCAUCUCCUUCUUGCACCAGAAACUUUUUUUAAAUGCUAAAAACAUUAGCACCUCAGGGGCAAGGCAGCAAUUUUUUUGAAGUAUUGUGUGCUAUUUAUUUCCCUCUUGGAAAAAGAUUCCUGUGUGACAAAAAUGAAAAUUGUGUGAUGUUAAAAGAUGUAUUUUUAAAUACAUGUUCGAAUAGGAUGGUCCCAAUUUGCUUGUUUUUAAAAGGAAAUUACAUUUGUAAAGCUACUCUGCUUCGUAUGCCAUGCAACUUUGUUUUCCUUCUACAUAUGACAGCUUCACUGGCUUCAGUUUCUGUGCAUUUUGUUAUAGUCAGAUUAAAUGUUUCACUGAUCAUUCUGGGAGAAUACCUGUACUGCUUUAUGGACAACUGUUUUAAAUCUCACUAAUUCAGCAUUGAAAUAUGUUCAAGACAGAGGCUUCUAAAAUGUGUUUUAAAAGCAAUGUUGGAUUAACAUUGGGUAAUUACAUGAAAUAGGGUCCUAGAUUUGCAAGGGUUUGUAAAUUCGUUGUGUCCGUAGAGUCCUUUUCACAUGUGAUGGGGCAUAAAUGUGCAGGUCCAGUGCAAGUUACGAAGCCAAGGCCUUUCAGCUGGCACCACAAAGACCUUGAUAUGUGGUCAUCACUCAUUUUGAUCUUCCUGCAGAAGUCAAAAUCGGAGAGAGGAAUUUCAUCUGCUUGUUAAACUACACUGAACUUUGGUAGUCCUAGGUUGUGUCAUACUAGCAAGGUGCCUGAUGAAUAUUAAGCAACAGAUGAGUAAUGGUAGCGCUUACUUUGAUAGUUCAUGUAGGUGCUAAAGCACAUAAUUUCAACAUGUACUUACGAUAAACUGACUUUUAUGUCCAUUAAAUUGUUCAUUGCAAAAGCUGGUACUAUUUCAACUGUAGGUUAAAAUCAGAGCCAUUUUGCUCAGUUCAAGAAUUGGAAACUUGAAGUGGUGAUUUAACAAAAUUGGGGAACAGUUUUCAUUUCAGUUGAUUCCCUGAUAAGAAUCCCAUCUUAAUUUGAUACACUGGGAUAGGAUAGACUUCCUAUUGCAUUUCAUUUUUUAGUAAUUUAUGAACUAAGGAUAUGGUUUUAUGAUCAGCUUAUAAUCAAGACUAAACUAUUGCUCGAAGUUUGCCCCUUCUGCCGUUUUUGUGCCGCUACUCAUGCUUCUGUGGCCGUGCAGUUGGGUGAAAGACAAAAAUCUGUACUCUUCAGCUGGGUAAGUUGGUAAUCCAGUCACUGAAUGAUAGUCUGAGGGCAAGAUGCAGAUUGGGGCACAGGACUGAGAGCAAAGGAAAGGUUGCACCAGCCCUUCUGCCACAGUUUGGGAAUCCAAACCCUAAAAGCAGAUAAGUGAUUGACCUGCAUAGGGAGUAUCAAAGCCUUUGCAGAUCUUUCUUCACUCUAUACUCAAGACAAAUAUUUUGCGUUGAUAAAUAUUCUUUUUCUUAAAACUGAAAUUGUGAGACUGGUUUUAAUGCCAUCUUGUGUAUGAAUUCCAUGGUGACAAACUUUUUUUCUGUUUGCUUUCUCUAAACAUAAGUACCUCUGUCCUGUGGGAUAGACAGCAUGGCUGCCACAAGGUUGAUGAUAUUGUUGUUACAGUUUACCUUGUUUCAAAGUACAUCAGGAUUUCAUCAUGCUGAGAUAUUCACCUUUGGCUCUGCCUGCCCCUUCUUGAAUUGGUUUUAUACACAUUUAUUACUUGGUAUAUUUAAAUUUCUUGAUAUUUAAACUUUGCCGUCUCUGAAAUGGACUAACCUUUAGUAAAAUGUAACCCUUUUCCUCAUUGUUUGGCAAAUACGGUAUUUUAAUAUAAACCUGAUGUACCUUGUAUAGGUUCAGAAACAGAAAAACUUUGUAGAGCUAUAGAGACAUACCUGUUUUUUUUCCUGUAGAAAAUAGAAUUGUUACUCUGUACCAAGCUUCAUGAGGUGUGGAAAUAACAUCUCCUGGACAGCUAGUGUAGCUCCUUGUUCCUACCACUGCAUGUGUCUGAGAUGAUCAUGACCUGAGCCUUUAUGUACCAAUACAGGGUGUAGAGUCUGCUUGGCUGGAUAUGCUUUUUAACUCUUCAAGUAGUAAAAAGAGGCUCCACAUGUGAAUUUCUAGGAUGCUGCAGUGCAUAAAAUGGAAGUGAUUGCUGCUAUAAGCUAUAAAAAUAGAUCAAAAUUUAAAAGUAACAAUCUGGGGCACUAAGUACUUUUGACCGACCUGUCCAAAAUACUGAUCAGAGAAUCCGAUCUGUUGGUGAGCUCUUUCUGAGCUAUCUCUGUGGAGUGCUUGCAGUCUGCAGGUGUCUGCGGACCCAGGCAUGCACCUUCUGAAGCACUCUGAGCCUUAUUUUGCUUAAUAAUGUUACUUCAUAAAUGAGGUAGCAGUCACGUAGCAUUUGUUCACAGAAGUUUGGGAAGCUGUAGGAAAACUUAAAGCUUGUCUUUAUUCUCGUGGACCACUAAAUCCUUUGAGGGAAUAUACAACAUGCUAAAAGUUGAGUUUACAUUAUUUUCCACUGAAAACUUGUUUCCAGAAAAAUCUGCUGUUUACUUAAUAUGUGGAAAAAAAUGUCUGGAGCUUUAAUUUCCUGAUUUUGUCGGAGUUAUUGACCUACAGUGACCUAGGCUGUAUGAAUAUUCCUUGCUUUAUCUAUGUGUUUAUUUGAUGUUCCUCUGAGUAGCAUUAAAUGAAAUCUUCUUUUUUUCCUCUUCCCCUCAUGUAGACACCCUUCUAUAGUCUUUGCUUCCAAGCUAAGAGAACAGGAGUGGUAUCAGUGUCUUAGGAAAGGGUUUUGGAGAAGCUUGCUUUAAAUGCAGCAACAACAAAACCCCUAACCAUUGUAACCCCAAAAUCUGGGCAAGUGGGCUUAACGUUAAAACGCCUUUUAUAAAAUUAAUGAAAUAGUUCUUUUCUGAAAGUGUCAAAACUUCAGUUGAGGUGGAAUGAGAGGUCAGAUUCCUAGAGUAUAUAUUGGCUUAUGCCUGGCCAGAUUUUCACACUUAAAAAAUAUCUAUUACUAGACAACUACUUUUUUUUUUUCUUCCUCCCCUCACUCCCCCCAAAAAAAAAGAGAAUCAAAACCAAUGGCCCUUACUACUGUGUAACCAGCCAUUUAUUUGCAAGGGUGAGUGCUGUGUCAGACUAACAUUUUCCUGUAAGAGCGCUACAUCGGCACAUUGCAGCUCACCAUAACACAGAGCCAAAGCUGGAAUUCAUUUUUGCUUCCAUUAACUGGAUAGCUCUGAAGAGCUGGGGGGAGCAUGGUGUUUUACAGCGAAAGUAGACAGGAUUCCCAAUAUACAUUGUGAGUAAUCUUCCAGAGUUGAAGGAGGUGCCAUUGUUACUACUUUUAAGAAAUAUCUUUGAGAAGAAAAAUGAGAAAACUGAGACUGGCAGGUCAUAAAACAUUCUAUACUUCUACUUCUGUCAGUACAGUACAUGUAUGACUAAGACUAAGGCCCAGAGCUUAAUUUCACAUGCGUUACUGAAUUCAACCCAAUCCGAGCAAUGAAAAUACUGAGUAGCCAAUUUCAUUUUCAGGCUGAAGCAUAGUAUUUUUGUCCAAACUACAGGCAAAAAGUCAAAUUAAGUCUUGGGGAAAAUUGGGCACGUACUUAACUUUGCAUCCUGCUGACAUUGAUGGAGCCUCACUCACAAUAUAUAAAUUUUGCACGUGUACUGUUGGAACCUUAACUGUCCCACUUUGGAAUAAAAACAAAAUGUAAUCUUUAUUCAGUUUAGGUUUUGAAAAAGCUUUUCAAAGCCAAAGUGAGGAAGGUGGUAAUGUUAAAGCAGAAUGUUAGAUUGAUUGGAGAUACAUUUUAAAGAAUUAUGAAAUUAGUAAGUCAGCAUUUUUUUUCUUUUAAAAUGUCAGGACACAGUCUAAGAGGUCUGAUCUUUGAUAUAGUGCUUUUAGCUGUAAAUAAAUAGAAGGAUGAAACACAAAAUGAGUUAUCCGGGAUAGAAAAACAAUGAGACCCUAAAAAUCUAGGAAUAAAGGUGCUGAAUUUACAUAGCAGCAUUUCCAUGUCCAGUGAUGGACCUACUGAAGGGAUCUUUGUUUAUAUUUUUAGGGGGACUUUUUAUUUUUGCAGAGUGUUUGAUGCUGACAAGUCUGACAAGACUGACAAGUCUGCUGCAGUUUGAGAUUUCCAGACUCAAAUUGGAAACUGGGCAUUAUUCAGCAGAAUCCCCAGUACACAAGAUGUUGCAGUACCUGUUACCAUGCGUUCUGCAGGCUAAUGCCGUGCAACUGGUGCUGGAAGUUGGGAUUUCCUAGCCCAUUGCUGAUGGUGUGAUUUGCAAUGACUUUGAAUACCAAGAGUUAAGUUGUAUUUAUUAACUGGAUCUCUUUGGUGCCAGGAAUCUAGUUUUUGGAGUAAGUGCUGAAUUAUGCAAAUGUCCUUGGCAAAUUGUGCUGGGUAGUUCACUACUCGGAAAACUAAAUUACUAGCAGUGAAGGGUUAAUACGAGACAAAAGCCUCGAUUUUCCUAGCCAGGGAAUACUGGAUAUUUGAAAGUCUGAGGUUUGAUUUCCAGGGCUGGCUGCUUUAUAAAUCUUUCAAAGCAGAAAUUCUGGUUUCUAGCAUCUGUCUUGUUACUAAGACCAUGUAUGAACAUGCUGAAUUAGAGAGUGUUCACCUGUCUUGUCACAGAAUUGACUCCACAUCUUAUCAUUAGAGUCUCGUUUGUAGUGACAUGCUGUGCCUGUCUUUUUAGAAAAUUCAUGACCUCUUUAUAUCUAUUUUGUGGAAAGUGUAACUUUUUUCAUUGAUGACCUGUAUAAAUGUGUGUUAUGAAUUGAGAGAUUUAAGCUUGAAAAGCAUGUUUGCAGAUUACACAGCUUCAUUAUGGAAUUUAUAAAUUGAACAGAGUAAUAUACAAGAGCAUAACUAUUUUCCUUAAGUAGAAUGUAUAACAAUAUAUAAUAAAUUAUUCUCCACGUAGUUCACCCACUAUUUACAGUUUUACACAAUUCAAACUGUGUGUUUACAGAAAGUUCAAUAAAUGUAUAUUUUGUACUAUGUACAGAUUCCUGGUCCCAAAGAAAAUGUGUGAACUUAGUUUCUAACUUAACUUUUGAGAUUGUACCUUUUUUUUUCCCUUUUUUCCCCCCUUUUUUUUUCCUUUUUUUUUUCUUUUUUUUUUUUUGGUUUGGAAUCAGUUGAACAAACUGCGUUAUGCCUGUCGAUGGUGGAGGCUUGCAUUGGAGAAAAUGGGAAUUGGAAAUAUUUCUAAUCCACAAAAGUGAUUCCACUAAAUAAAACAGGCAAUUACA